CACACGCGCAUAUUUGUGUCUCAAGAUGAAUCUGACAGAUGAAACAGACAACUGGAGAACGCGCGAAACAUUGAACACGGGUUUACCGCGCAACUUUGAAUGUUGUCAUGCCCACACCAACGUUUGCACCAUCUCCCGAACUUGGAUUUGGAGUGGAUGGCGGCUGUAGAGGAAUAUAGAGGUUGGAUCUCUACCAUCACCAUGUCUGAGAGUGAAGCAACUGCUGGACUGGAUGACUCUGCAGCUGGUGAGGGUGAGAAAGUGAAAGCAAUUAAUGGAAUGAAGGAAAUGGAAGAUGUUAAGUUACAGAAUGGUGAAUCAGAAAAGCCACAAAUAAAUGGUGAUGUAGAGAAAGAUGAUGAAUUUGAAAGAAGUGAAGGUGAGCAAAAUGGAAAGUCUGAGGAGAGUGGAAACACAGACAAGGACGACAUUCACUUGCAGAAUGAUGUUCACUCCUCUGAAAAGCCCAUGGAGGUAGAUAGUGAAGUGGCCAGUGAAGUGUGUGUAGGAAAAACUGAGGAUGUUGAUGAGGAUGAUGAGGAGGACAAUGAUGAGGAUGACAAUGAUGAGGAGGAGGACAAUGAUGAUGAGGAGGACAAUGAUGAUGAUGGAGAGGAUGAGGAUGAGGAGGAGGAUGAGGAGGAGCAGGAGGAGGAGAAGAAGAUGGAAGUGACUGAAGAAACAGAGGAGCCAAAACAAACUAUUAGUGAAAGUGUAGAGAAGGGUAAGGGUGAAAAGGUGGAAGAGAAAGCUGAAAAGGACAAAAGUGAUGUGGAGAAAAGUGAAGAAGAGAAAGAAAGCAAAAGUGGUGAGAAAGAGGAAAAGGAAAAUAAUGGUGAGACAGAAAAUAAGGAAAAUAAAGAUGCAGAUAAAAAUAAAAAAGAUAAUAAAGAUGCAGAUAAAAAGAAAAAUGAUGAGAAGGAUAAUGUGAUAGAAGACAAACCAGAGGAGAAGCCAAAAAAAGUUGAGGGGAAGACUAGUGGUAAACCAAGAUCGAGAGCAAAAAACUCUGCGAAGGACACUUCUUCCGAUGACAUACAGGAAGUUAAGGAAGUGCCCGUGAGGGAAACUCGGCAACUCAGAAUUCGCAGAACGCCGAGGAAGUACACCGAAGACGACGACGACAUUAAGAUAACCAAUGAAGUGAUCAAAGACGAUAGCAGUGACAUUGAAAUGAUAGAAGAGAGUGAUCCUUUAGCUAUCAGUGAUGCAGAUGUCAGGAAGUUACAACAGAAGGAUAAGAAGGAGUUAAAGUCGAAGGAUCCAAAUGUAAUAAUCAUCGACACCAAUACAUUGCUAAAGAACCAGGGUAAUCUCGCAGCAGCAGUAGCUCAGUCAUCGAGUACUACAGUCCAAACAGUCACUGCACGGGGAACAUCCACAAACACAGCUGCAACAGCAGUGUCGAACCUUAAUAUUCAAAAUGCCAUUCAAGCUAUCACAGGUGGUGUGCCGGCGCAAGGCUUGCAGUCGGCAUACAUCACUGCAUUGCAGCAGGUCAGUCCGAAGGUACUGCUGGCUCAAGGCGGGCAGGUUCCCAUGAAUUCGCAGCAUUUGGCUCAGCUGCAACAAUAUUAUAACAGUUUAGGUCAUUUGCAGGAUGACGCCUAUGUGAUUGAGGCGCCAUCGUUUAUAGUGCCCUACGUUAUGGAGGGGAAGCCCAAGGAACCAAUUAAAACCUUCUUGCGUAGAAUAAACAAAGAAAUGGAGGAGUAUGAGAAGAAAGAAAAGCAAGAGGAAGAAAAGAAGAAGGCAGAGGAGAAGAAAAUUCAGGAUGAGAAGGAAAAAGAGGAACGAGAUAAGAAAAGAAAGUUGCAGGAGGAGGAGAAGAGGAGGAGGAUGGAAGCAGGGGAAGAGGUGGAGGAGAGUAAAAAGAAGACGGGCGAUGAUGAGGACGAAGAAAUGGAAUCAGAUGCAGAUAGAGAAAAAGACUGUGAUGAUUCAAAGGAAAGUGAAAUUGAAAAGAGUAAAGACAGGGAAGGUGCUGAUAGUGAGAAUGCCAGGGGACACAGCAAGAAGGCAGCCAGUAAGGAUGAAGAAAAAAAAGAAAAGGAAAGUGAAGGAAAAAAGGAAACUAAAGCAGAAAAGGGAAAAGGAACGGAAAAAGAGAGUAAGACGGAAAAAGACGAGAGUAAAAAAGUUGAAAAAGUAGACAAAGAAACAACUGUGGUGGACGAUGAUGAUAAGGAGAAUAAGGACAAGAGUAGCGAUACAGACAGUGUUGUGGAUUUAGAGAAGGAGAACAAGAAGACAGAAGACACCUUGGCUCACCUUGGAAAUGAUGAAGCUGGGCGAAUACAGCAGCCGGCACGCCCUCUUGACUCGGCACUACUCCUCACGAAAACCUGCCGAUGGGAGCCUUAUUACCGCAGUGCUCUAGGCAAAUUUGUGUUGGAGUUGGGUUUAAACCAGGCACAGGAAUUUCUACAGAAUGAUCUUCUGCGAAUGCAAAAGAGAAAAUUAGAUAAGAUGAAGACUGCUCCGUCCAGAGAAGGAAUUUUAUCGGUUAGGAUGUUAGAGAGACAGUUAGAGUUCACUCGGACGAAGAAUUCUCACCUUAGUGUGCCGCUCAAGAUUUGCAAAUUCUGUAAUUUCAAGACCGAGAGCGAGAUGGUAAUGGACCGGCAUUUGGAGUCUCCUCAUAUGGUUAAUUAUACUUAUAAGUGUAACUACUGCGAUUUUGAAACACGCGGACCUCAGGUAAUCUUGUUCCACAUGGAAGCAGAACAUAAUAUUCGGGGACGUCUGGAACGUGCCCCGGCAUUUUUCCAGUGCUCCCUAUGUCCAUACGAAGAUAACAACAAAUCUAAAAUGACUAGGCAUUCGUUUUCUUGUAGCAAAAAGUACAAGCCCGAGAAGAACUGUGAACUAAUAGACUGGGAGCCUCCUGCCAAGAUUCCGAAGGUAUUACAUAUUCAUCGAGGUCGACCAAAUACUUUAGGGAAAGCCUUCGAACCAGUGAAGAUGCCUAACUUAUUACCAAAAAAUUUGGCUGGAAUGAACAUUAGUAUACAGUCAGCAGUUGCAUCAAAUCUUCUAACGACAGCAAAUGCAGUAUCGUUAGCAGCGGGCCGGGGGCGAGGGCGACCUGUGGGCUCAUACAAGAACACAGGGCCCAUACCCAAUCAAGGCCGAGGAAUCACCACAGCUAAUACGGGAUCUUUGUUGUACACAACUCGUGGAACGACGACAACGACGACAGCGAACUUGGUGCAGCAGGUGUCGGGGAAUGCACAACAGUUUACUCUUGGCAACCAGAUGUUCCAUCUUGUCAAUGGCCACCUGGUCCCAAUGUCGGGUGCAGCUGGCUCAGUGAGCAGUGUUUCCGUAUCUUCACAGCCGACAGCGAGAGUGCCACGCAUCUUACCGUCCUCGUCAUCCUCUUCUGUCAGCCUCAUUCCUGGACUGGGAGCUUCAUCGUCAAUUACCAUACAGAGUGUACAAAGCAAGGCAGGGAAUACCAAGUCACCACAGCAGCCGAGCAUCUCCAUCACGCCGCUACCACGGGGAGGCCAGACGCAGACCCAAAACAUUAAUAAGGGUUCCACGCCAACUCGGGAUUCCAGUGGGAAACCGUCCUUCGUCAUAUGUGAAAUAUGUGAUGGUUACAUUAAGGACCUAGAGCAACUGCGGAAUCAUAUGAACCUGAUUCACAAAGUUAAGAUCCACCCAAAGAUGAUUUACAACCGCCCACCGCUCAAUUGCCAGAAGUGCCAACACCGCUUCUUCACAGACCAGGGUUUAGAACGGCAUCUACUGGGUACACACGGGCUGGUAACUUCGUCCAUGCAAGAAGCAGCCAACAAGGGCAAGGAUGCUGGCCGCUGUCCAAUCUGUGGCAAGGUGUUCCAGUGGAAGCUGCUGAACCAUGUCAGUAGAGAUCACAAGAUGACACUGAAGCCAGCCCACUUGUCUUACAAGUGUACAGUGUGUACAGCCACCUUCAACAUGUACAGGCUGUUUGAGAAUCAUGUCUACUCGGCACAUUCUGUUGUUAACAAAAAUAAAGGGGAUGGUGGCAAGAAGCAGAGUUCUGGAGGUUCUGGGUCCUCAGACUCUCCUCUUAAGAUUAAUGAUGAGAUCACCAUCAUACCCCAACCAGCAGUCAAAACUCAAAAGUCGGAUAAGUCCAUGUCUUCGGGGAAGAAGUCAGAAGGCACGCCAACUGUUAGCAAGGAGAUUACCAUCACAAAAGUGGGAUCCCGGCCUACACGGCGGAGUGGUAAUAGCGUGGAGGUGAUCAGCUUAGACGAAUCGCCUACCAAGAAACCGGCACCAGAAUCCAAGAAACGCUCAAACAAGGAUAAUGUAGGAAAUGGCUCAAAGAAGGCACGAACCAGUAGCUAAUGAUAUGAUUUGCAAAUGAUAAUGCUCUUUGAAUUAUUGAACAGUGAAUGAAAGAUAAUGGAACAUGGUGGUAACAUGUGGUGUGGAAGUCAAUGAGUGGGGUACCUACCUAAGAUGACAAAUUUGUAAAUGGGUUCUUUUAUAUCUAGCAACGCCAGUUUGGAAUGGAACGAUAAUUUUGCACUACUGGAACCAAGUUAAUAUAAAUAUAUAUUUAAAACUUCGUAUUUAUAAAGUGCUGCUGUGUGUAUACAGGCAAUGGAAAAAUAAUGAUAGGCUACAACAAAUGUGAUGAGGCUAUUUAGCUCUUGGAUUUUAUUUGUGUUUACAAAAAUACACGUUACUUGGUGGUUUUACUGUAACUGGAAAUGUGGUUAGUCAGUGUGAUUACACCACAAACUCCUUAUCAUCACGCACAGAUCUCCAAAGUGACUAGUGACAUUAAAUAAAUGUGGUGCUGCAGCCUUUCCUUUGUACACACUUAGCAAGCUUUGUUAGUGGACAGUGUAGGUCAGGCUGGACAUUAUCACUGUUAUUUAACAUACACAAGAUUUGUGAGUUUAGCAUUUAACAUUUGUCUCUGCUGGAGCAUAUGCUCUAUGCAGUUUCAGUCAAAUACAAAGGUACUGUACAAUUCACAACUGGGGAUUUCAUCCCAACACCAAGAAGCGCAUCCAGUUGUCGAGUAUUGAAUUUUUGUUACUUUUAUUUUCCAAAUUAUAAAUUAUCUCUUAAAGGGUGAGGAAAGUAGCAUUAGCUCCUCAGUACCAUGUUAUUUGAACAAAGUUAAACUGCACAAAGUUGUCCUUGGUUGUUACAUAACACCUUAAAAAUCUGUCAUUUCAUUUACACCAAAAUUUAUUCUUCUGGGGUUCAUUCCAUUUGAGUCUACAUAUGUCGUCAAGACAUGUCUUUCUUUUUUUUUAAGUUGUUUUUAAUUGAAAGUUUUCAUUUACACUGUACAUUCUGAUCAAUCCAUACUGCACAACAGUAAGAAAGCAAAGGUUCAGAUUCAUAGCAUUUAUGUUUAAUGUUAUGUUCCUUAUCAGAAGGCAUGUACUGUACUUUUAAUCUGGAAAUAAAUAAGAAACUAAUGAAUAUAAAUCUGGAUCUUAAACUUGUCUAAACCAAUGAUAAAAUUUUUUGGCAAUGUGAUGAUACUUGGACUGUGUUCAUCUUCAUUGUUAAUCCAAGAACACUGUAACACUCCUGCUUAAUGCUCAAUCUUUUCAGUUACCUCUGUUACAAGACGAAUUCUAAAUCCUUGUUUCAUGGAUGCAGUGGCAAGGUACCAUGGACAGGGCAUUUAGAAUAUAGCUCUUUACUCUUGCAAAGAAUAAUUCAUCCCCCCUGGUGCCUGUCAGAUUUAGCUCUGAAAACAACCUUCAGACUACAUUGAAAGUAAGCAAGAAAUGUUACAGAAGGUGUUCCAUGUAAUAAAUCCUAACACUGCUUCUUUGCCACAUUGCACCAAUGACUUGGUGGCUGGUUAUGUUUUACUUGCCACUUACCUGACCCCCCCACAACCCACCACCACUACUACCAACCCCUCCAUCUGAUAGGUUAGCUGUGUAAAGUCAGGUGUUGCUAUGACUAGGACAUUUGCCUCAUGCUACCUAGUGAUGUUUGAAAAAGGGGUCAGCAACACAGAGGCUCUGCUGCAUCAUGCCUUACCAACAACACCUGGGUAUUUAAAUGCCACCAUAGAACGAGAAACAUUUUAUUUUUUGAUUCUGUGUAAGAUAAAUUAAGAUUUGUACAGUGAUACGAUCCUCCUUAUUUCACUUGAGAAGAUUAGUGGAGGAUUUGAGAAUCUUGGUAUGGAGUCUACUGUGCCUACAUUUUGCAUGGUUUGUCAUUUUGACCCAGCAUGAGAUCUUCGUUGAAACUCCUGCAUUGUCACAGGCACAUUGGCAUUUUGGAAGGAUAACCUCUGGUUUUUUUCUUUACUAUUUCCACGAAUUUGAUAUUUACUUACUUUUCCUAAUUGAUCAAUACAGAUUUAGUCAGUCAGUCCAUUACAAAAACUAAUUUGUUUAGAAACGUACUCUGUUGAUCUUUACCUGAUUUAAAACAAGUCGGAGGUAAAUUUUAAAAUUUAUUUAUUUAGAAAUAUUGUGGGAAAUAAUGAAGAACUUUGUUGGUGAGAGAUGCCAAUCAAGCCAGUGGGCUGUGUUCGUGAGAUGCACUUAGGUGUGCCGAUACUCACAGGAAUCUUGCUACAUUCUGUACACUCAUUGUAAGAACAUGUCACAACGUAUACAAUAUACACUUGGUAAGUUUACAGAUAAAUGUGUUGAGAGUCAGUGAGUGUAGUAAGCAUUGUGAAUGUUUGACAACCGCUGUACGUCUUGGGAAGAUGAGCCCGCGUCCCAGUACAUCACUUGUACCUUGAGUGGUGUAGCCUUCUGUGCAUACCCAUGGAUACCUCUUGACACCACUUUGAGAAGCCCUGGAUGUCUCAUAUUUUGGAUGUUACACAGAAAUAACUUAGCUGUUAGCCACUAGAUGUGUACAUUUUCCCGACUAGUGAAGUGUUGAUGGUGGUGUGGCACAGUAUAAGAAGCUGUACAUUGACUCAUUAUGCUCCAUAAGAUUUAGGUUUACUUCAGUUUCUGUACACAAUGCAUUGAAUGUAAAAUGCUAGUAGCUAGUAUUUUAUUUAAUUUUUCUUUAUGGAAGUGUUAAAUGUUGUAGCUAUGUACACUUUUUUUAGGUGUAAUACACCAAUAAAAAUAUUAUUUAGAA